CCUCCCAGGUACUGCUUGGACAGAAAGAAACCCUGGGAGGGAAGAACUUGGGGAAGGAGAAGAAACAAGAAUCCUUGAAGGUACUUAGGUGUGUAGGAAAAAUGAAGCUGACUCUAGUGCAGAUCUUUUUUGUGAUGCUGCUGCUUCUGCUGGGCCUGGGGAUGGGCCUGGGCCUGGGGCUUCGCAUGGCCGCAGCAGUCCUGGAGGAUAGUGAUCAGCCACUGAAUGAGUUUUGGUCCAGUGACUCCCAGGACAAGGCUGAAGCCACCGAGGAGGGAGCAGGCAACCGAACCACAGACACCCUGGUGCUCAGCAGCAAAGGAGUGGCCCAACUUGACUGGCCAGAAGAAACCAUCCCCGAUAUAGAUGAGGUUGGGAGCAAGAUGCUCAGAGCUGAGGCUUUCUUUCAGAACAAAAAAGAUGACCAAAGGUUUGACCUGGCCUCCAGGGAAUGCAAUGUCAUGAUGGCACGCAAGAUGAAGGAGCACAACCUCACCUGCAUAGCCCAGUACACGUUCAUCCAUGAGGAACUGGACACAGUCAAAGCUGUCUGUGACAGUCCUGGUUUUGUCUGUGAGCUCAAGGGAGGCAAAUGUCACAAAAGCUCCCGCCCUUUUGACUUGACGUUCUGCAAGUUGUCCAGACCAGGCCAGGUCACUCCUCACUGCAACUACCUAACAUUCAUUUUGGAGAAGUUCGUUGUCAUGACCUGUAAUGACAUGAAGCUCCAGCUAACCCCUUAACAGUGAAGAAAAAAUACUCUCUUUCUCCUCUUCCUUUUCUGCUUUCUCUUACCCACCUUGCUCCUCCUCCUCUUAGGUAUACUGCAGAGAUGGUCCUAGAAAGAGGGGCUGGCCGAUUCUUUACCACUGUCCCCUGAAAACAGAAUCCUUCUUUGUCCUAGAAGUCAACCAACUUGAGUUUUGUCCCUGGGAUUAAAGGUGUCAGAAUAGGGUUCUGAUGUUCAGUGUCUCUAGGUUCUCUGUUUCUCCAGGUCCUUGCACUGAAAAGAGAUAGCAAAGAGCUGUUCUUGGUCCCUGCCAAGGUCCUAGUCAUCAGUCUGUUCCCUGGUCUGAGUUUGCCUUUGGAUGUGAACUGAAAGAAUUGAAUGCCACCUUUAGCCAUGUCCUUCCCCUGUACCCCACUCAGAGCCUUUAGGGCAAUCACAAAGCCCCCCUGGGUUUGCACAUCUCUGCUGUGGAUGCAAUUAAAGUGAUUCUGUCUGUGGCUGCCACUGGGGAACAAUGUGUAUCAGAUUUUUCUUUCUGAGCCUGGAAAAAUAUAGGUUUGGGGAUUUGCUGUUAAGGUGCUGUGGUGGUACAGACUAAGAUAGAAUAUGUGCUGGGGCAAGGACAGCACUUUUCUCUUCUUGACCCAGUGAACACCUCCUGCCUCUAGUAAAAACACACUCUUCUUUCAGACAUAAAACAUUUAUUCAUUAUCUACAAGUGAGGCCACCAGCUCAUUCCUAGGAGGGCCAGUGGUCUUCUCUUGUUUCUCCCCAAAGCUACUAGAUCCAGGUACUUACUAGUUCUCCCUUGCUUCAAAGAAGGUUUAAGUAUUUUGUUGUUCCUGUUUUUAAUUACCAGCUUUCUCCUCUCUAUCCCUUGUCAUUUCUAUAUUGUCUACAGCACUUCAUUAAAUGAUGUUCUCUGAGCAUCUAGCCUGAAUCCUAGCCAUAGUUUUACAUUAAUACAUUAUAAGUCUUUAUUCUCUCCCCUCCCCUUGUCCUCUUGUAGCCUUAUCUGCUGUAUCCUCCUCCUUUCUUCCCCCGUGCUCUUCCCCUGCCCUCUCAACUCUGUCCUUUGUGUGCCCUUGGCUCCUUUAUUCUCUGCCCUUUCUCUUUCCUCCCAUCUUCUAAUGCCUGUCUCUCUUUAUUCCUUUGUUUCUUUUUUCCCUCUUUCCUCUGAUCUCCUUUUCUUCUUUUUAUUGUUGGGCCCUCCCUUCACUUUGCCUAGAUAUUUUUAGAAAUUAAUUUAGUCAACACCGAUCAAUUAUCCUUUCCUAGGUAGGCAAGAGCUGAUCCUAUAUUCAAAGAGUUCUGGCAUAGGGGGUUGGAGGGAAGGUGAGUCAGGAGAGUGAGGAAGGAGAGCGUUGUUUUUCCAAAUUAGUUCCAGAACCCAGACUAGUGCUCAUAUUAUGUGCUCAAUAGAUGUGGGGUGAAUGGGAUCAAAGGGAGUCAUGUUUUUAGUAGAAUCUCUUCCUCUUUGAUGUUUGCUAGGGCUCCAAAGAACAAAGAAGCUGUUAAACGAACAAUUUCUGCAGAGAAGGGAAUGCAUCUACACAAGGAGGAGAGAAGCUAUGGAGUCGAAUGAAUAGAGGAUGCAAGUGGUUGACCAGCAUAUUUCCUCUGAAUUCAAAUCUAUCAAGAAGGAGUGUAGUGAGACAUGCUGCAGGCAGGGAAGAGUGUGAGAAAAUGGCUGAAAGGAGUCCCUGUAUGACUUUGAGAUUUGCUUCCCCUAAAAUUCUUCUCUAUUUCAUCCUCCGAGAUAGUGACAGACCCAAGAAUUAGGGGCACGCAUAAAUGAGAGAGUGAAAGGAAGAAAAGAUUUGGCUUACUCUCACCUGGCUUUUACUUUCUGUUCCAGUUUGCUAAGGCUGCCAUUAUGCAAAAUGCCAGAAAUGGAUUGGCUUUUAUCGAGGGGGUUUAUUUGGUUACAAAUUUACAGUC